CCUUUCCAUGGAGUUUGGGUCGACAGUGGUGACACGGGGAGCAGCCAUGGAGCAGCAGCUCAGCAGACCAACAUGGAGCAGGCAGAUAGAGUUCACUCUGGCUGGCAUUGGCUGUGCCGUGGGUCUGGGCAACGUAUGGAGGUUCCCUUAUCUCUGCUACAGGAGUGGAGGAGGUGCCUUUCUGGUGCCAUACCUGAUCAUGCUGGUGGUGUUGGGGAUCCCCCUGCUGCACAUGGAGCUGACUGUGGGUCAGUACACAAGGAGAGGGCCUGUCCAUGCUUUGACUAGUGUCUGCCCGCUGUUAAAAGGAGUGGGCAUGGCAUCAGUGGCAAUCUCCUUCAUCAUGUGCACCUACUACAAUGUUGUCAUCACCUGGGCUCUUUAUUAUCUCUUCAGCUCCUUCCAGGCACCGCUACCCUGGCAGAGCUGCAACAACACCUGGAACACCCCAAACUGUACCAGUCAUGCCACCAACAGCAGCUACUCCUCCACUGCUAGCCAGGAGUUCUUCAGAUAUAAGAUGCUGGAGCAGUCAAGUGGAGUGGCGGAGGCAGGAGCGAUGCGGUGGGAACUUUUCCUUAUCCUCCUCCUGGCUUGGAUCCUCAUUUACCUCUGCAUCUUUAAAGGGGUAAAGUCAACAGGCAAGGUGGUGUAUUUCACAGCUCUGUUCCCGUACAUCAUCCUGAUUGCCUUGCUCAUCAAUAAUGUGCAGCUUCCUGGAGCAUUAGAUGGAAUAACCUUCUUUAUUGUGCCACAAUGGGACAAGCUGCUCUCAGUGGAGGUAUGGGUGAAUGCUGCAGCUCAGAUCUUCAACUCCAUUGGGAUUGGUUUUGGCUCCCUCUUGGCCAUGUCCAGCUACAACUCCUUCAACAACAACAUUCUGAAGGACACCCUGACAAUAUCCAUCAUCAACUCCCUCACCAGUAUCUUGGCAGGUUUCGUCAUUUUCUCUGCCUUUGGGUACAUGUCUCAUCUGCAGGGCAUUCCUGUCAACGAUCUGGCUGUGGAUGGUCCAGGACUGGUUUAUAUUGUUUACCCACAAGCCUUUGCCAACAUGCCAGUGGCUCAGCUCUGGGCUGUGAUGUUCUUCUUCAUGCUGCUUUGCCUCGGACUGGACAGUGAGUUUGCAAUGGUUGAAGUGAUGGUGACCACUCUCAUGGAUGAAUUCUAUCAGCAGCUGAUAACAUUUUUCAAGCGGAAGGAGCUGUUUGUUCUCGCUGUUUGUGGUACAGCCUGCCUUUUAGGGAUUCCUUGUGUCAUGCAGGUGGGAAUCUAUGUUUUCCAGCUGAUGGACCAUUACACUGCCAUAGUGUCCAUCAUGUUUCUUGCAUUCUUUGAGGUUGCAGCCAUCUGUUGGAGUUAUGGUGCGACUCGACUUUCAGACAACCUAGAAGAGAUGACUGGAAAAAGAGCAAAUAUCUUCUUCAGACUGUGUUGGAUGAUAGUUGCUCCUGUGCUGAUCGCUGUUAUCCUCAUUUUCUCCGUCAUUCAGUUCAAACCAGCCCGCUAUGAGGACUAUGUCUUCCCUCCCUGGGCUCAGGGGGUUGGGUGGGUCAUUGCCAUGGCCUCCAUCAUCUGGAUUCCUUUGGGUGCAAUUCACACAUUGUGGGUGCUGCCUGGCUCACUGAUGCAGAAACUGAAGCUGUCAAUCACACCAUACGGCCUGAAUGAAAUGUCAAAGAUGCCGUAUUAUGAGAGGGGAGGAGGAGACAGAGGUCCAGUCAUAGCUGCCAUCAGCUUCGACAUCAGUCUACCUGAAAAACCUCCCAGUCAGACAAACCUCUGAUACCUCUGUGCUUUGCACAACCAUAAUGUUUGCCUUGCCACCAUUAGUGGCAGACUUUUUUAUUUGAACAAACUUCUGGUGAAAAAAAGAAAAAAAAAGAAACAGAAGUAUGCUACAAAAAUUAUUUACAUGAUUGUGAAAAUGUGUUGCUGCAUGUCUUUUUUGUAAGCCUUUAAUUUGUGAGAUUUUGUUGAACCUCUGCUGUUUUGUUCAUGUUUAAUGCGAAAAGAUUUUGUGGACGGAUGCGUGUUUAGAAUCUGUUAUUGUGUGCAUCCUCAACAUCUGGCCAACAUUUCCUCUGUGAUGAGAGCUUCAAAGGAUGAAGGAGUGGCACUCACAACUAAAACUUCACUGUUUUCAUUUGUUAAUGGUGCCAUCUUUUGGCUGUGUAUGUUGAUGCAGUUUUGAGUGUUGAUAAAAUCCGUGACCAGGUACUGUACUUAGAUUUAGUGCUAACAUUUUAGCAAAUAAAGUGCCACAAUUUAACAUUCACAGCUCAUACAGCUGAACUUUUCUUUGAACCACUUCCCUUAAAACAUAAAGCACUUUGUACCAAUUCAUUGUGGCUGACUCAUUUAUUAGGUCAAAUGCACAGGGAACGGCUGAUAAAAAAUUAUAUAUGCUGGUGGUUAACAGAUGAGUACAUGUGUCAUGCAGCUCUUAUGUCAGGUCAUGUAAGAUGUAAUAAAAACAUGUCACAAAGUCCACUUUGUCUCAUCUUUCUGCAAAGACAAGUUGACACUAACAGUCUGUCUGGUGAACACAACACAGAACAUAACUUACUUAUGGGGCAAUAGUUUUUAUUUAUUCACUUAAUGAGAAAUUUCCACUGAAAGGUACACAUUUCUAGGGCAUACAUGUGCACUGAGUUAGUUUCCUCUCCUACAUAAGUUGCCAGUGUUUCCUUCUUCUAACUCCCCACAAAUGAAUCAAAAGUGCAGAAGAACUGAAAUUACACAGGCAAAAAGGUGGAUUAUAGAAACCCAUUAGCUUUACAGACAAUGGAAUCUCUCCUUUAUACUUUUUUUUUUUUG